AUUAUCUUUAAAAUAUUAUUAGUGCGUCUUUCAUUGCUUUUUUUCAUGUCGCAUCUAUUAAAAUCUCACUUUAAACAAUUCUUAGUAGGUGAAUAAUUAUAAUAACAGUAAACUGUUGUAUGUAUAUCAGUUUUUAAUCUGUCAAAUUGACAGAUAAAGAAUGUACCAAUCUUUUUAUCUAUAUUAAAGUACAAACGCCUAUUUUAAUAUAUUUAAAACAUUCAUCAUGUGUGGUAAAGAAUUGUAAACGUUAAAUAUUCGCAUUUUUAUUAAAUAUCUUCCAUUAUGAAUGCAUAUAACAAAAACACACACGGACCAAGUAUAUCGGGAAACGCAUUCGAUCGUUGGGUACAAAGGACUAAUAUGCAUGACGAUUCCACUAUUACAAAAAUGCAACAUCAGUUUUGGGUUACAAAACAAGCUUUAUCACGGAAAUUAGGAAAAAAGGAAGAUGAAUGUAUAGUAGCAUCAGAUGCAGAAUUAGAUGCCAAGUUAGAAUUGUUUCGUAGUAUUCAAGAAUCUUGUUCUUAUUUGCAAAGAAUUAUUGAUAAAUAUCAAGAAAGAUUAUGUAAUCUUGCACAAGAAGAAAAUGCAAUGGGACGAUUUCUUAAAGAUGCUGGUAAACAAGAUAAAACUAGAGCUGGCAAGAUGAUGACAGCAGUUGGGAAAUCAUUAUCAUAUUCUGGUCAACAAAGACUUGCAUUACGAGCUCCAUUGGGACGAUUAUAUCAAGAAGUAGAAACAUUUAGACAAAGAGCUAUUGAAGAUACAUUGCAAAAGGUUCAAGCAAUGGAAAAGGCUCGUACUGAAUACAGAGCAGCUCUAUCAUGGAUGAAAAAUGUUUCUCAAGAAUUAGAUCCUGAUACAUCAAAACAGUUAGAAAGAUUCCGUAAAGUUCAAACAUGUGUUAGACAAGGUAAAAUAGCCUUUGAUAACUUGGCUUUAGAUUGUCUUCAAAAAGUUGAUUUAUUGGCUGCAGCAAGAUGUAAUAUGUUUAGCCAUGCUUUAGUUUUAUAUCAAAGUACGCUUUUAAAUUUUACUGAAAAAUCUGCACAAGCAUAUUCCACAAUAGCAAAUAGUUUUAAAGGCUAUCAACGAUAUGAUUUUAUGGUUGUAAAAGAACUUACCGAACCUUCAACUAAAUUAGCUCAAGAAACUGGAGGUGAUGAUGAUCUUGAUGAAAAAGACAAAUUAUCAUUUUUUGACAUGGAUUAUCAUGAUAAUGUUGAAGAAGCUGAAGAAAUAAAACCAAUCAAACAGAAUAUAGUUGAAAACGAUAAACAAGAUGAAAAAUUAUUGGAUAUUGAGUAUGAAACAAAAGAUAUGUUGGGAUUAGAAGAAUUAGAUUUAAAUUCUAGUUCUUCAAAUAAUAGAAUCAUGCAAUCAAUUUCUGAAGUAGAACAGAAAGAAAAUCUCGAACAACUUUUUGAAAAUUUAAUCUUAGAUAAUAAUGUAUCUCAUACUGACAUUAUACAAGACAUUAUACAAGAAGAAACUCAAUCUAAAUUUAAUAAAAAAUUUGAUGAACAAAAUCUAACAAUGGAUAUAUUUGAUAAAUCUGAUACAAAUUUUAAUCUAGCUGAUUUCUCUUCCUUAGAAGAACAAAAUUCAAGAGAACAAUCUUUACAAUCCCUUACCUCGGAAAAUAUGGUACUUUUAAAUGAUAUUCUUAUUGAUAAACAAAAUACUGAUAGCGAAUGGGAAGCGAUAUCGAAUGAUACAUUUUUACCACCAAAUAUAUUAAAACAAAGUUUAGGUGAUGCAACUCUUGGUAUUGGACAAAAAAAUAUACUUACUACUACUAAUAUGGAUGACAAAAAAAAGAAUAAGACUGGCAAACUAAAGGGUAAUUCCUGGUUGGAUUUAUUUGCUGAAUUGGAUCCUUUGGCUAACAAUCCGAUGGAAAAUCUUUCUAGUGAUAGUAAUGCAUCUGCUUAAUAUUCUGAAUUUAUUAAGCUUAAAAUUAUAUUCAUGAUAUAAUAUAAUCAUUAUAAUUUACGACAACAAUCAGAAAACACAUAUUUAUUUUCUUUAAAUAGAAUAAUGCUGUAAGCAUUAUUUAGUUCUUACAUAUAUACUAAUAUUAAAUAUUUGCUGUUUGAAUUUUAAUUUUAACAUUCCAGAUUUGUUAGAUCUAAUGAAAAUAACAAAAUAAUGAUAAGAAUCAAAAAAUAGUUAAAUUUCAU